AGGGGACUACAAGCCCCACCCAAUACCGGAAGAAUAGCUUGGUUAGCGGCAACCCAUCAGAGGGCUGCGACGUAAAUAAGCUCGAGUUUUCAAUGUUUAAACAAUGCCUUUUUCCUGUUGAAGACGGUUUCUGGCGGAGGAUUGUAUUCACGCUGGCUCAAGCUAACGUUAGAUAAGCUGAGCUCCACAGCCAACUAACACGUCUCUUUUCUCGGAGCUGCCGUUUAUAAGACUAACAUGUCAAAGGAGGCAGACCACCUUGAAAGUGGAGGAGAUAAGGAGUCGGACGAGGACAGGGUGCAGAAUGCUCCUGAGGAGAUGGUGAGGAAGAGGGUUCGGGCAAAUACCCCAAGCCCACACGAAGGGAAUACUCCACAAGCCAGCCCCCCCAGAUUUGUCUCUGUGGAGGAGCUGAUGGAGACGGCUAAAGGAGUCACUAACAUGGCUUUGGCUUAUGAAAUAAUGGUCAACCAAGAUUUUCAAGUUAAACCUGCGGAGCUUCCUGAAGGAAGUUUGGAACGCAGAGUGAAGGAGAUCAUGCACAAAGCAUUCUGGGAUUGUUUGGAAGCGCAAUUGAAGGAGGAUCCACCGUCGUACAACCAUGCCAUCAAACUACUUGCUGAGAUUAAAGAGACACUACUGUCCUUCUUGCUCCCGGGCCAUGGUCGUCUGCGUUCCCAUAUUGAGGAAGUUCUGGACUUGCCCCUAAUCCAGCUCCAGGCUGAAAAUGGAGCUCUUGACAUCAGUGGACUGUCCCAGUUCAUCAUUGGAAUGAUGGGCUCAUUGUGCGCCCCCUGCAGAGACGAGGAUAUCACUAGGCUAAAGGAGAUCACCGAUAUUGUGCCUCUGCUCAAGGCAAUAUUCUCUGUUCUGGACCUGAUGAAGGUGGACAUGGCUAACUUUGCCCUGACCAGCAUCAGGCCUCAUUUGAUGCAGCAGUCUGCUGAGUAUGAGAGGAACAAGUUCCAGGAGUUUCUGGAUAAACAACCUAAUGCCUUAGACUACACUAAGAAGUGGCUUGAGGACACAGUGAAAUGCCUGAGAGAGGCUGGAACGGAUGGCUCUGGUGCUGCCUCAUCUGAUCCUUCCUCACCCCUCCCACUCAGUGUCCAUAAUCAUGCCUACCUACGCCUGUUGAAGUGGGACCAUGCCUCAGACCCAUUCCCAGAGACAGUGUUGAUGGAUCAGGUUCGGUUCCAGGAGAUGCAGCAGGAGGCUGAUCAGUUAGUUCUGCUCUCCUCUGUGCUCCUCAUAGUCUACACCACGACAGGGGAGGCCAUCUCCGGCCUGCCAGGGCUGAUGGAGACUCUUAAAACCAUUGUCAACGUCAUGCUUGCAGACAUGCACACACUGUCUUUCAGUGCAGAGGAGGCCUUAGCAACCAUCGGGGAAAAACUGUGUGUUGAGCUGAGUCAGUGUCUAAGCCAGCAUGGCUACUCUCCAUUCUCUGCUGACCGCAAGAGCACCCUGAAGGGACAAAUCUCUGCUACCAUCCAGCCAGACAACACGGUUCGAAAGCUGAUGGAUUCUCGGGUUCAGGCCUACCUCCUGGCUUGCCUGGAGUCCAGUCAACAUAGGACCCCUCCUCCUCUUCCCGGAGGUCUGGCUCCAGUCAGCAGGGAGCUGAAGGAGCUUGCCGUUCGCUUCAGUCGUCUUGUCAACUUCAACAAGCUGGUCUUCUCCCCGUUCUACCAAAAGAUUCUCCAGAAAAUAGUGACAGCAGGAGAGAGUUCAGGCACAGAGACAUAAACACUAUAGUGUAGAGUAAAAGUGAUGCAGAGAGUGGUCUAUAGUUUUACAGUUUCCCCUCACUAGGAAUGGUUAGGAAUUAGAGAAAUAGUUUAGGAAGCUGAUCUGUAACGACUGACAUAACCAAAAAAAAACAAAAACAAACAAUUGCUGCCAUCUCAGUUGCACUAAUUCACAGUGACGCUUAUUUAAUUAAUGUCCAGCCUCAUAAUUGCGAUCUCACAAUAGUCAUCUUGCAUAAACGGAGGUAUUAAAUAAAAUAGUUUGUUACUCGAGAUGUGCAGAGUAUAGACAUGUAGUAUUUGUUUCUAGAAAAAAACUGACUAGGUACAGUAAAAUUAACAAAACUAAGAUAUAAUUAAAGAUUAAGUCAACAAGAAAAGGAUCAGGGUCUUUAUUUAUCAAGUGUCUGAGAGAAGGAAAUGAGAAUGAAACAUAUUUGUCCUGUUUUUAGACCUAGAUAUGUACAUUUCAAUGUCCCUAACCCAAGAAGAGGCCAGCAUUCAGGCAGAGACAUGUGGGCACAUUCCAUGGAAGAAGGGAAAACUGGGGAACACUUGGUGGCAAUGAGCUUCUUAAAGGAAUGGUUUGACAUUUUGGGGAAUUAUUAGCUUAUUAAGAACUACAUGAGAAGAUCAAUGUCAUUGGUACAUACACAGCCAGCUAUGGAUUAUCUUAGCACAGGGACUGCCAAAGGGAAAAUGGCUAGCUUCGAUUAGUCCAAAGGUUACAAAGUCAACCCACCAUCACAUUCAAGGCUCACAAAUGAAUAUGAUAUCUCAUUUGCUUACUCUGCAACAACUGAAGUACAAAAAUAAAUUUUGUGACUCAUCUUGUGUGGGAUGCAAAGGAGAACAUACGAAGUCUCUGCAGAAAUUACAACCAGCUGCUGGAUUGCUCAGCAGCAUCUACAGUAAUACAUAGGUACAGUAAUAUGUGCAGAUUAAUUCAUUUCUCAUGCACACAAGUUUGCAAACAUUGUAACUGAAAGGGGUUUAGCAUUCCCUCAACACAUCUCCUUCAACAGAAUGUGUGUGUGUCUCAGCCUGAAUCUCAACUUCUGACUUGUCACCUUUAACUGAGAUUUUUAAGGUUAAGGACACUGAUAAACUUUGGACAGGACCAGAAUGGCUGUGCUAAUUGAUGCCUGGCUGUAGCCUCAUAUUUAGUGCACAGUGAUAUUGAUUUUUUUCCACAUAUAAACAUCAGCAAAAAAGCAAAUAAGUGUAUUUCCCAAAAUGUUUAACAGCCCAUAGUUUAAAAUUCUGUGACCUUUGGCCUGAAUGUCGAAAGCCUCACCGAGGGUCUGACUCUUUGUAGUGGCUCAAAAGGAAUUUAAAGAUUUGCAGAGCAACAGGGGGCUCAAGCAUAUGCAGUGUCUAAAUGUUAUCACUAAAUUCAAAAAGUCGUUCAAAAAAUGAGUAGUGUCAUUGUGACACAGUUGCACAGAAACACAAACAUAAAAACUUUUUAUAUCCACUCUAGAUAUAGAGAUAAGAUACUUUACAGUAUAUUAGAGAAAAGUAAAUAAAUAAUAAAUUGUACUGAAGGGAAUCCGGACCAGUGUUAUGGACCAACUUCAACUGUUGCUUUUUAAGUUCUUUGUGUCUGUGUUUUUUUAAUUAAGUUAAAUUAUUUAUAACAUUUCAGAUGGUUUAUAAAAUGUUUACAUUGUUUACCUUUGACAAACAUUUUGCUUUGCUUUUGUGUCUAACAUUUCUACUGCGUAUUUUACUCACUACAGAGUAAUUACACUCGAAGAAUGGCAUCUGUAAAUGGUCCUACAACAUGCCAAUAAAGCAUUGUUUGUCCC